CGAUAUUGACUAUUAUAUUAAAAAAUAACAGCAAUCGGAGAUUCAUUUUGUUUCACAAUUGUUUUGAAACUUAUUAUUAUAAUAUGAGAUAAUACUGAAAAAUAUAUAAUUUGAUUAAACAUCAGUUCCAUUGUUAUAUUUUAAAAGUAAAUAAUAUUUUAGGGCGUUUAUACAUAGUUUAUGAAAUUUCAAUAAUAAAUAUAAUUUAUUUAAAAAAUUAAUUUACAAUAUUUUGUUGGUGUCUAUUAUUAAUUUACUGUAAAUAUUAUAAUGGAGAAUCAGCAACAGUGGACACCCGCACAAACAGGACCGGCGCCCCCUUAUUCAGCACCGAACCAACCCGGUUGGGCUCCACCUGGAGGUCAACAGGCCUAUGUUCCUCAACAAGGAUAUGCAAUGCCCGGCACAGUCCUAAUACAGCAGCAACCCGCUCCGCAAACUGUUGUAAUCAUGGGUGGUUGUCCCACAUGUAGAGUCGGACACUUGGAUGAUGAGUUUACAUGUCUGGGUAUAUUUUGCUGUAUUUUAUUCUUUCCUUUGGGUUUGAUUUGUUUGUUUACAAUGCGUGAGAAACGUUGUACUAAUUGUGGUGCCACUUUUUAAUAUUAUUAUUAUUAUUAUUAUUAUU